GCGGGCUGGAGGGAGGAAGGAACUGGGUCGGUGGCCCCUGUCCCAGAGGCAGAGCGGGGGGGACGGCCAUUGCGGCCGCGGAGAGCGCGGUCCGGAGGGGAGCGCGGUUCUCUCUCUCAAAUCAAUAAGUAGACAUAUCCUCAGAAUCCUGCUUAUCUAUGAAAUGCAGUUAACACAUCAGCUGGACCUAUUUCCGGAAUGCAGGGUGACCCUUCUGUUAUUUAAAGAUGUAAAAAAUGCUGGAGACUUGAGAAAAAAGGCCAUGGAAGGUGCCAUUGAUAGUUCAUUGAUAAACCCUACAGUGAUUGUCGAUCCAUUUCAGAUACUUGUGGCAGCAAACAAAGCAGUUCAUCUCUACAAACUAGGAAAAAUGAAGACAAGAACUCUAUCUACUGAAAUUAUUUUCAACCUGUCCCCAAAUAACAAUAUUUCAGAGGCUUUGAAAAAAUUCGGUAUCUCAGCAAAUGACACUUCAGUUCUAAUUGUUUACAUUGAAGAUGGAGAAAAACAAAUAGAUAAAGAAGACCUAAUAGCUAAGGUAGAAGGUCAGCAAGUUUCCCUGAAAAAUCUUCCUGAAAUAACAAAUAUUACAGAAGUCAAAAAGAUAUAUAAACUAUCUUCACAAGAAGAAAGGAUUGGGACAUUAUUGGAUGCUGUCAUUUGUAGAAUGUCAACAAAAGAUGUUUUGUGAAAUGUCAGAAGCAUUAAAAAUGUUCAGCAUUUAUAAAAAA